CAGUCACAGAUUCGAUCCUAGGGGAGUAUAUGGUCGAUGCAAGAACCUCGAAUAAAACUUUGUGUGUCCUGAAUCAUUUUCUGCCAUCUAAUGUACAGGGAAUACAUGCAAAUGAGCUAAUAUGUGCUUUGGAAAACGGCAUCUGGCAACGAAGAACCACUUUCUUACUGGAGAAUAUGAAAUGAUAAGCAUUUAAUUGCAUGAUUGCAUAAUAUGAUUAUAUGAUUCUGAUUACGUGAACUGUCAUGAAACGCUUUGGUCAGUUGUGUCAACAUUGCAUCUGUUUACGUGCUGGUGCUUUGUACUGCGUUUCUUCCUGUUUUCAGAAAAAAACAAGUCAACAUUUUUAACCUUUUAUAGCGUUGAACUCUAAGUGAGAGACAGGACAGAGAGCAAAAAUGAACGUGAGCAAUAUUUUGAAAAACGUUAACAAACUUUGCACAUAGUCUAACCUUAUGAACUGCCAAGUGGCUCUUCUGUUGUAUGUGGGGUUUGAUUAUUGAUUGGCACGGCGCAUUGAAGGCGAAGCAGGGCGCUCUAUACAGAGAGCUGAAAAGAUGAGAAGCGCUGGAACGAUGAGACUCCAGUAACUUCUGCGUGACCUCUACAUGACAAAGACGGUCUCCAUCAAUUGUCUGCUGGCUUUAUGUGACUCUUUUUGUGCCUUGGGCCGUUUUUUAUCUUUUGUCUUGUUUUGUUUGUACCAGUCAAAUUCCCUGGGUUGGGUUUGAUUUAGCUUGGUUGAAUAUUAAUUUACUAAAUGGACCAAAUACACAUAUGUGAUGCACAUACAUGUUUUUAUAAGAAAUCAUGAAAUGUGUAAUAAGCAGGGAUAUACUCUCCCAUGUGAUGAUGGGUAUUGCCAACUGGGUCUCAAUACACAAAUAUAAUUUGUCUUUUUUAUUUUAUUUUCUAUCACAGAUCGGGUAUUAAAUCAAUUCAUUUUUCAUAUUAUAGCCUAUUGUUACCGUCCUAAUUGAGAGAUAAUGUGAAGUUUGUGAAAUCAGCUACUAGGUGUGCACAGCUUCUUCUCGGUUGAUGGAGUCCCUCCGCCUCGAUUGGCCGAGCUGGUCACAUGGUAGCCUAACUUUAUUCAGUUGACAGCAAGUAGGAGGGCUUUAUGGAGGGAGGAAAAAAAGACAACUCGAGAAAAAUUAGUAUUUCCUACCUUCAGAAAUUAAUGGCCAUGAGUUCGUACAUGGUGAACUCCAAGUAUGUGGAUCCAACAUUUCCUCCUUGUGAGGAAUAUUCUCAGAACAGCUAUAUACCUGAACAGAGCCCAGGCUACUACAGUCCGUCGCAGGACACUGAUUUCCAGCAUCCCGGAAUCUAUUCACGGUCAAACUACUCUGAGCAGCCUUACAGCUGUAACACUGUCCAGGGCUCGUCGGUGCAGCCUCGGGGUCAUGUGCAGGAUCCAGCCGGCCACCCGAGCCCUUACCCCGCACAGACAGAGCAGUGUCCUGCGGUCCAGAUAUCCGGACCCAGGACUUGUGGACCACAACAAAACACAAAGAGCCAGAACGGGAUACCAGCCAAGCAGCCUGCUGUAGUUUAUCCAUGGAUGAAGAAAGUGCACGUUACUACGGUGAAUCCGGAUUACACGGGACCAGAACCCAAACGUUCUCGGACAGCCUACACAAGACAGCAAGUUCUCGAACUAGAAAAGGAGUUUCAUUUUAACAGGUAUCUAACAAGACGGCGUCGCAUUGAGAUCGCGCAUACCCUCUGUCUCUCUGAGCGACAGAUCAAAAUCUGGUUUCAGAACAGAAGAAUGAAAUGGAAAAAGGAUCACAAACUCCCUAACACGAAAGGAAGAUCGGCGUCAGCUGGAAAUCAGCAUGCACAACACGCUCAGAAGGACAGCCAGACAGAGAUUACAACUUUAUAAGUGGAUAUCUCUCCCUCCCGCCAGAUGUACAGAUGAACUGUAUGUAACAGACAAUGCUUCAUUUGACAUUGCAUGGUAGCAAAUCAUGACAUGAUGGGUACAAGUGCCAAAAACUGAGAAGCAGAAGCACCCACCACGACUAAAUGCAGCGUAAAAGCUGCUAUGCAUUAAAAUCCCAAAUUUCGAUAUUUACAGUAUUGUAAACCCUUUGCAACUGAGGCAAAGAGGAUAUGAUGCAUCGAAUGAUGGUUCACAUGUCACCACGAGGUACAGUAAAACAUUAUAAAGCUCACGCUAUUUUACACAAACCUGCCAAAUUUGUUUCAGAGCAUGGUUCGUUAUAGUGUCCCUAUUUACACAUUUUUUUUUAAACUCUGUAUAUCACCCGUUUCCUCUUUUUAAAAGCAUAAUGGCAAGUUUACGCCUAUGGCGACUCAAUUUAUCCUAACUUAAUCAUUAAAGAGAACUUAAGUAAGUAAUGUCCAGCAUAUCAUAAAUUACGAAUGUCCUAGGUGUUUUUUUUUUUUUUUUUUUUUUUUUUUUUUGUACUUAAGUCGGGUGCAAGUAAUAAAAACUAAAUAAAAUUAGUUAAUACUAAGGGGAAAAAUCGUCGCCUGGGAAAUUAUUUAUUUGUAGACUGAAAAACUGAAGACAUUUCCCUCUCAGCCUCGUUUAUUGUGCGCGCCUCAUUAAAGGUUUACUUUCUAAAAGCCUAUAUUUCGGUCAAAGGACUUUAUUGUGUAAUUUUUAAGAAUUUCGUUACAGACGUUUUAUAUUUGUUUAUUGCAGCUUUUAAAAAUGGUGUAUUUAAUCGAGAAAUUCUCUUUUCUUACACGAAUAUUCCAUGCUUUAUACUCCACUAGCUAUAAAUCCUGCCCGACAUCUUUGUAAACAAUAUAGCUACAGUUGCAGAAGCAGUUUUCUUGUCUUCCAGAUGUUGCCUGAAAUUCUUGAAAAUCAGCUUUGUAUUUUCAUUUUAGAUACACUUUUAGUCCUCAAGAUGUUUGAACCCUCUAUUUAUUAAAUGUUAAAAAGCUUUAUGUUCUACGUGAACGUAAGUAUCCGUUCAGUAAUUUUCAAAUUCAGUUUUUAAGUUCUUAAAUAUAUGUAUAUAUUUCUGUAUAUUGUGCAUAUUUUCUACAUGCAUAUUUUGCAGUAAUUAAAUAAAUAAUAUGCAGAGAGGUUUCACCCAAACUCCGUCAUAUUGUGUUUAAAAUAGAAACUGAGAUUGGAAAAACACGCAUCAAGCACUUUCAUACACAUUAUGUUAUUUUUGAAAUUGAAUUGGUGUUAAAUCUGAAAUGGUUCUCCAACAGUGAUUAAACUUAGUCGCUCUGCUAUCAUUGUGGUGUGUUUGUCUCCUUAAACAAAAACUCGAGGCGUACAUGCAUUGCGAAGCAGUCUUCACAUUGAAGCCUUCACGUUGAGAGCAUGAAAAGGUAUUUUUACAGAAGUUCAACAAAAGCCUAGCGGGCAGGUUCAUCUAGAGGACAGAGUUUCUGUUGCAUUAGACGCUUCUGGGCCUCGAGCAUUGACCUCUACACUCGUGACCUGAUGGACCUUCAGUCAGUUCUCAAAGACGCUUUUGCGAACAGAUGCACUAAAAUUUGUUCUUGUGGAGGACGGGGUGCUUUAAAAAUGUUUAGGGCUGUAUUCAUAUUGGCUUGCCUUACAACUGUGAUUAUUUGCCACACCGUGUGACAUUUAGAGUUUGUAGCGUGCUUUUCAGUUUCUGCACGAGUCCUACAUUAAAACCACGGUUAUGCAGCAUCUGCCCAAGAUUACGAUAACUGUUAAACUACAAUCCAUCAGCUCUGGGUGUUUUGCAUCAUCAUGAAAGAAAAAAUCAAGUCAAAGCAUUAUUGACAAACUGGAAGACAUCCAUUUUGGUAUCCGUGUAUUAUUAAAAAUACAGAGAGUUGUAAGCGAUCAUUAGGCUACUAUGCUAAAUAACAACAGUUUAUAACAUUCAAAUAUUACACAAACUUCUCUUAGUUUUGAUUCUUUUCUUGCUUUUGUUCUCAAUGCCUAAAAUCGUUGUCCAUCAACACUUGGAAAUGUUUGUGUUUGCGGUAUGUGUGUGUGUGUGUGUUUACCACAUUUUGGGAGGAAAAUAUGUACCCUGAAGUGAGGUUAACAUGAUAAAAUCUCUCAAAACCUCAGUUUGGAGGCGUUCUCGUU